UCGAGUGGAAAUGCCGGUAGAAAAAUAAAUAAAAGAAACAUUGUCCAAUUUCUUUAGCUAGAAAAAUUUGUUUCACAAUUUCAUAUUUUUGUACGGACUUGACUUGAAAUUCAAGUCUUGAAUGAAGCCAAAUUGUGUAAUUUUUCUAGCUAUGAUUCCAACAACUACACUGCAAUCAUUAUGACUUUGAAACAUUGCAAGCUGACCUUUCAUCAAAAGUCCCAGCAGUCCCAGCAGAAGGCAUAUGCUAGCGAGGACUUGGCCUUAUGUUCAAAAGAAUUUCCAACCCUGAAGGAGAAUGACAUUGUCGAAAUAGCCACGACGGACGAUAGCAGCUCUUCAUUCUUGCUCAAGGUCACCAAGGGUUCACUGAGAGAUGAUUUUACGCCAAAAGAUACUAUCAGCAUCGAUCAAGCCAUUGGAACUGCAUUUCAACUGAAGCCAUACAUCGAUGUCACAUUAACAAAGGUUGACGCCGUUUGUGUGGAACUUGAUUCUGUUGAACUCACUUUCAAGGACCAAUAUUUAGGACGGAGUGAGAUGUGGAGGCUGAAAAAUAGUUUGACAAAUAGCUGCGUCUAUCACAAGAAGAAGAUCGAGUUCUGUUCGAGUACAAUUCGAUGUCAAGUUCAUGAAUUAUGGUCGGGUGGGCUCGUGGUCACUUCCGGGCUUGUGACUGAGGCUACCAAAAUUGUGUUCAGAUCGUUAACUUCCAUGGUGUACCUGUUCAUCCAAAUGAGCUCAGAGAUGUGGGAAUUUGAUAUUUGUGGGGACUUGUAUUUUGAGAAGGCUGUGAACGGAUUCUUGUCUAAACUUUUUAAAAAGUGGAAGAGUAAUGGGAGCAACCAUGAAGUCACCAUUGUGCUUUUCUCUCGACUUUAUUACGAAGCCUCCAGCCUCGAAAGAUUUCCAGAAGCAAUGCGAGAAUGUUUACUUACUGAUUAUAAGGGUCGUUUUUAUGAAGAUUUUUAUCGGGUCGUAGUACAAAAUGAGAAGUAUGAAGAUUGGAGAAAUACUUUAAUCAGUUUAAGACAAGUCUUUGUCGAUUAUCGUGAGUACCUGUUGAACUUUCAUCAACGGAAAUUCCCAAAUAUAAAAGUUCCUAAGGCGUACGUGUCGAGUGCAGCGCAAGGAAACUUUCUUGAAGUACUCAACAUGUCCUUAAAUGUUUUUGAGAAGCACUUUGUGGACAGAAGUUUUGAUAGAACGGGUCAACUAUCUGUUGUAAUAACUCCGGGAGUAGGGGUUUUUGAGGUGGAUCGAGAUCUUACUAAUGUGACAAUGCAGCGAAUAAUUGACAACGGUGUAGGAAGUGACCUCGUCUGCGUAGGCGAACAACCCCUACAUGCCGUACCUCUUUUAAAAUUUCACAACAAGGCAACUCAUCAUGACGUUGAUGACUACAGCAUGCCUCACUGGAUAAAUUUAAGUUUUUACUCUUCCAACAAACAAGUUGGUUACGCCACAUUCGUGCCUAGGAUAAAACUGCCCAGUCUAAGUGAUUCAUCUCGAGAGACGAUUUCCGUGUUCAGCCCACAAUGGCGAAACCCGUUGGCUUCCAUUCAUCUCGGAGAUGAGUCUGGCUGGCCCAACUCCGUUUAUGAUUUUGACAGCUAUGAUGACUCCAUUUUUAAACCCUCAAGCAGUCAAUUAGCAUCCAAACAACGUCGAAUUAAGCACAUGAAGCGACCCAAGACUUUAGUCGAUUCUGAUUUUUCAAGAAUUUUUAUGAGGCAGAAUUCUGAGCCAGAAAUCCAUGCGACCACUUCAACCGAUAUGUACUCAAGUACAACUUCAAUCGCCACCGGAAGUUCGAGUCUCAUUUUAUCAUCUUCUACACAGCCAUCCUCAGCAAUCACAAUUCCAUCAAAAAUCAGGUUUCGAAAGUCGGACAAUGUGUAUUCCUCAUCCUUUGGUGCUCUAAAUAUUGAACCUGGAUCAUUUUCGUCAGUAAAGCCCAGAGUAGCUCUUACUCCUAUUAAUGAUCGAUGGAUUAAGGAGGGCACAGCUUCUGGUGCAACGAAAGAACGUCAUGAAGGAUCGUCACCCUCUAUGAGUAGUCAUGGCGGAUCUCCAAAAGAAUUAGAUUUUAAGGGAAGAUUUGGAAAUUUGCGUCGCCCUUCGCGAUCCCUCAUCAAUCCAUUUGAUCCGUCUCAUGCCGUCAUCAAACUGACAUCCAACCGGAGGCGAUGGACACAUAUUUUUCCUCGAGGCCCAAGUGGAACUUUUAUUCAGCAACAUCAUUUUUCAACUGGGCUGAAUAAACUUGACAUUGUACCUGAAGGAGAAGCUACAACUGCAAUUGGGAAUACCAUGAAUGACGGAACUCAUUCCCUGAGUCGACAAAGCAUAAAAGAUUCCCCUGAUGGGUCGACGCGAACUAAAAAAGUGACCAGAUUAUGGGGGGCGACUGGAGAGCAGGAAUGGACUCCUGCUCUAACAACUGGUGUGGACUGGAAAUCAUUAACCAUUCCUGCAUGUCUUCCAUUAACUACGGACUACUUUCCGGACGAGCGGAGUCUUAAAACGGAUUACCUUGUUUCUGACUACAGUCUUCUUCCUGAUGAUGUGAAUGCCGACUAUAUUUCGCAAAGGGCAAUUUAUCGACGCCCACUAACUACCAAAGAGGUUUUCUUUGAGCUUGUUUCGCAAAGAUUAGCUCAAGGCUUUCAAACCGUGAUUCGACCCAAGCAUGAGAAACCACCCAUAAAACAACAAUCUUCCUUCCUUCGGCUAAAUAUUCUCGGAAUUGAUGAUGAAACGGAAGAGUAUUUCCUCAGCAUCGGACGCAUAUUUCAUCAAAUUUCGUUAUCCAGCUCAACAAUCACUGUAACACGAUACAGGCCGAGACAUCCUUACCCCGCGAUCAAGGUUUAUUACAAGUACCGAUUCUAUGCCCCUAACAACAACAACUUUGAAGUUUCCUAUGCGGAUUUUAGCACCGAAAAAUUGGAAAAUUACAACUGGAAUUACCUUGAUCAUUACAUUUGCACGCGGGGAGAUACUGAUUUUGCUUUAACGGAGAAUUUAAAGUACUGGAGAUUUCGAAUGUUCAUCCUGCCCAUUAAUCAAGUCGUCCUGAAACGAUUAAUGGGGGAGGGAGUUUCUCCUGAGUGUAAUAUUUACGAGCCAUUGAAGCUGGAAGAGAAGCGAUCCCAUAUUCAAGAGUUUUUAAAAUUUAUUGAAACCUGCAUUAAUCGCAUUAGACGACCAAAUACUUCUAUUCCGAAAGGACCACGGGUGAACAUUGUAGGUGCAAGUGGUGGUAGCGUGAGCAGUAUGGGUUCUGGUUCAUUUCGUGAACGUGUUAAUAGCAACCAGUUACCCGAUCGACCUAGAAUUCGUUCGGGCUCCAAACUGGCCGAGAAACAGCGCCAUGAAAGUGCAAGUGGCAGGAUAUCACCCUUAGACAGCCCUCUGGAUUCCAAGAUAUUCAGUUUGAGUGGAAAUUUAGGGGAACCAUUUCCAGACCUAACUCCUCUAACAUUUCCCCCUCGAACUGAAAAUACUACCGAGGGAGAAUUGGUACCAAUUAUGUGUCUCAAAGCAGAUGCAACGUUUAAAGACAUUGUGAUUGCAAUGCGCAAUCAAGCGACUGGAUUAUCUUUUAUCAAAGUUACGGGCUUGGAAUUGCAUCCGUGGACAUUUGUCAGCUAUGACGCUAUCAUGUGGUUGAUCAAUCGCAUGGAAGGAGUCAGUACAGAUUCAAAGGCCAUGGAAAUUUUCGAUGGAAUGCUUAAUGAACGUUUCAUCAUUCAUGCCUCUGGGGAUUCUAGUCACAAGUUUAAGAACGGAUUUUAUAUUUACUACAUCAGCAACAGCGACAUAGAAGGAAUGGAACCCCUCAUCCCACACCAUGAUAAUGGGAUGCUUCACAAUGAAUGGAUGGAAGUUGAUGUGCCUUGCGAGUGCGAGCUGAAUAUCGACUCAGUGACAAAAAAUAGUUUGCUAAAUUUUGAUUGCAGUAGCGGAAACCAUAAAUGGAAAGACGUUUAUGUUGAUGUGGACACAAGUAGAAAGAGCGAUCGUCAAGAGUGGGGUCAUAUUCGGUAUCAGUCUCUUUUCAAACCAGACGAAGCCUUCGAAAUAACUGUGCAAUGGAUUCAGGCAACUGGCUCAAUAAUCACAGACUUGGUGCAAGCAUGGUCUAGAAAAGCACAACAAUGUAAUUUGCAACUAGUUCCAGUCCCCACGGAUCCUUUUGCACUGCCAAAUUAUUCUUCAGACCCAUUGCGUGGCCCAAUAAAGUUGACCAUUGAUUCACUCACUGAAGGUGACGCUGGUGAUUCGUCUUUAACACCCUCUGAAGUAAUGUACUUUCAACACACUGUUGCUUUGAAAUUUGGCUUCGUGCGAUGUGCACCACAUGCUCCGGCAGCACUCUUUCAUGCCUUGAAGCCAAACGAUUUACACUACGUCCAUUCGAGCGGAAAUAUGUUUCUUAUCGUUCCAAUAUGCCAAUCAGUGGCCGAUGUCUGUUUCCUGUGGUCGUGGAACUACUUGGUCAGCAAGAGGUGGCGAAUUUCAUCCAACCCUGCCCUGGGGGAUGAUACUUUUAUGUUUAAGGUGCUACACGACUUUAAAUCAUUUUGUGCCAAUGAAAAUAAUCGUCUUACAAACUUCUGGAAUUCAACCGUCAUGAAUCCUCAAAGUCCUGAUGUUGAUGAGACACUGUUAGAUUCAUCGCUUACUUCUGUUCCAGCAUCAGAAACAUUAUAAAAAUAAAAUAACGGUGGCAUUUUACAUUUCGUGAUACAUUUGUUGCUUUAUUGUUAAUUUUGAUAUUUAAAUCUCAUUUCACAUCGGUAGAUAGAAUAAACAAACUUAGCACCCCACGUUUCUAGCAAAAGCGCGUAAAAUUAUUUCACAAUUUUGUCGAAA